UUGAUUUCCUACAGCCUUUGACCCCUGUCGUGGCCUGUAAUCUAAAAGUCAUCUUCCUGUUUCUUGGGUUGCUUCAGUGUGGAGGGGGAAAUGUCGAUGUCCAGCAGAAACCUCCGAUCCAGGUUGCACUGCUCGGGGAAGGAAUAUCCAUCCCCUGUAAAGUCAUCUUCCCUUACAUGCCAAAAUACACCAAAUUUUCAAUCUUCUAUUACUGGAUUAAUUCACUGGACCACCAAACACCCAUCUACAACAGGUCAGAAACCGUAACCAUCCCUUCUGGAAAAGAGAAUAUGACGGCUACCAUGUCGUAUGACCACGUAAUCAUGCCACUUAAAAGCACCUCUUCUACUGGCACAUACUACUGUGAGGUCAGAUGGAGUGAUGUCAAGAAAAAGGGAAAUGGAGUGUUUGUCCUUGCUAAAGAUACAGGGUACAUAGAGACCUCUUAUGGGUGGGAAAUCCUCAUUACCCUUACUGUUGUUCUUGCUGCAUUGAGCAUCACCGCAACAGCUCUGCUUCUGUGGAAAAGAAAGGUGUUGUGUCCUAGAAGGAGCCAGCUAAAUAUCCUGAGACAGAAGGUGGAAACGCAGCCCCCUUCAGCCAGCCCACCACCACCACCACCACCACCACCUCCUGUGUAUGAUUGCCUGGAUUUGCAGCAAGUUGAUGUCUACUCCAUCCUUGAGAACAACACAAACAACCCAUCACCCGGAGUGAGUCCUCCAGAGAAGACACCUAGGAAGCAAGCAACUCUAGAAGAAUCCACUGAUACAUUGUAUGAGAAUAUCUAA